GUUCCCGCCCUUCAUUGCGUCGCCAGCAGAGUCGUUGGCCGCUCCGCGCACUCUUCUUGCCGCCGCCGUUGCGUACGCCGCGCCCAACCGAGGAGACCGUCGGACAGAGGCGAGCCGGUAGGGUCGCUUCAGCAGCUGCAACGGCCAGAAGAGAAAAAAAUUCGCGUGCUCCUUUCUUUCUUUUUAUUAAUCGCCGGCCGAAAUGCCUCGCGGAGAUCGGGAGAGCGAUUGGGUGAGUGAGAGGGAAAAGGAGCAGUUCCGCAAACUAUUCAUUGGCGGCUUAAGCUUUGAAACAACAGAAGAAAGUUUGAGAAGCUACUAUGAGCAAUGGGGAAAAUUAACAGAUUGUGUGGUAAUGAGGGAUCCUGCAAGCAAACGUUCACGAGGAUUUGGUUUUGUAACAUUUUCAUCUAUGGCUGAAGUUGAUGCAGCAAUGGCUGCCAGGCCUCAUUCAAUUGAUGGAAGAGUAGUUGAACCAAAAAGAGCUGUAGCCAGAGAGGAAUCUGGGAAGCCUGGAGCUCAUGUUACUGUAAAAAAAUUAUUUGUUGGUGGAAUUAAAGAAGACACCGAAGAACAUCACCUCAGAGACUACUUUUCAGAAUAUGGAAAAAUUGAUACAAUUGAAAUAAUUACAGACAGACAAUCUGGCAAAAAGAGAGGCUUUGGAUUUGUAACUUUUGAUGACCAUGAUCCUGUGGAUAAAAUUGUGUUACAGAAAUACCACACAAUCAAUGGACAUAAUGCAGAAGUAAGAAAGGCUUUAUCAAGGCAAGAAAUGCAAGAAGUUCAAAGCUCAAGGAGUGGAAGGGGAGGUAAUUUUGGCUUUGGAGAUUCACGUGGAGGUGGUGGAAACUUUGGUCCAGGACCAGGAAGCAACUUCAGAGGUGGAUCUGAUGGCUAUGGAGGUGGUCGUGGAUUUGGUGAUGGAUACAAUGGAUAUGGAGGGGGACCAGGAGGUGGCAAUUUUGGAGGCAGUCCUGGUUAUGGAGGAGGAGGAAGAGGUGGAUAUGGUGGAGGAGGACCUGGCUACGGCAACCAGGGUGGGGGCUACGGAGGUGGAUAUGACAACUAUGGAGGAGGCAAUUAUGGAGGUGGGAAUUACAAUGACUUUGGAAAUUAUAACCAACAGCCUUCAAACUAUGGUCCAAUGAAAAGUGGAAAUUUUGGUGGAAGUAGGAACAUGGGAGGACCAUAUGGUGGAGGAAACUAUGGUCCUGGUGGAAGUGGUGGAAGUGGGGGAUAUGGAGGGAGGAGUCGUUAUUGAACUUCUGUAAGCUUUUCAUGGGUGAAGUAAGUGAUGCUGUAGACAUUCUUUUGUGGCAUCUGGAAACUGUGGGGACCUCGAUGGGGAACAACAGACUUCAUCUGAACCCUGUAAGAUGGAGUGAUGGGGGCAGGCUCCUCUGCAUCCAGGAGUUUAUCAAUUUUGGUCUUGGAUCUUCACUAUCCCAGAUGGAGCCAGUAUAUAAUCUGGAGUCCUCCUAGAAUCAUGGUAGCUGUACUCUUUGUUCAAUUUUGUAUUGUGUGUCAUAAUGCCAUUGGAUAGGUUAUCGAUUACUCAUGACCAGGUUACUCCCAUUUUGACUACUGCAAUGAGCUCUACAUGGGGCUACUCUUGAAAAAGCUUCUGGAAGCUUCAGUUGGUACAGAAUGCAACUGCAUCAGCAAUCUUGGACACUCAAAGAAUGGUGCAUGUAACAUCUUUGCUGCAUGAGCUGCACUGGGAUCCAGUAUGCUUCUCAGUCCAGUUAAAGGUAUUGGUUAUGACCUUUAAAGCCCUACAUAGAGCCAGGUUACCUACACAGAUGUCUUUUUCCCAUUACAUCAGUCCUCCAACCUGUCAGGCAGGGAAGAUACAUUAUAGACCCUGUGGACCAAAUAAUUCUGACUAACGGGGUUCAGAAAGAGAGUUUUAUCUGCUGUAGCUUCUGUCUUCUGGAACAUUCUCCACCACCACCAUCCAGAAAUGAGGUCCUGUUUUCCUGGUCUUUUGGAAAGGUGUUAAUGAAUUAAUUAUGUUUUAAUAUUUAAUUUUAAUAAUCCUUGUCUUUUUGUAAAUCGUAUAUACUAUUUAAAUGUUUUAUUUGAGCACUACCCAAAAUUGAUCUCUGAGGGCAAUGAGUGGUUUCAAAAUUUGCCAAAUAAAUUGGGACAGAAAGAGAAAGCAAAGAGAAGCAUCUUCAAUUUGUCCUGUAGUAAAUGUGUAUUUUCUUAAAGUUCAUGCUCACGAAGGCAGCUAUUUUCCAAAUCAGUCCACUGGUCCAAAAAUAUUGUGCAUCUUUAGAGUAACACACUAGCUCAUUUGAAGUAAUAUCUAAACUGAAAACAGUUUCCAUAAGAACCUGCAACCUGAAUGCCUGUAUUAUUCAAAACAUAAUGCAUGCACAGCUAUAGCAAAUACUUUGAUGUACUGAGUAUUCAACUGCUGGCUCUUCCUCCUACUAGUAGUAAUCAUAGGUAAAGAAUUAAAUAUUUUGUCUGCUGUUUCUUUCUCCACAAUAUUCUACUACUAGAAUUGAUGGGAACUUAAAUCCUAAACUUCCAGAAAACUCCAGAUAUAUCUGCUCCAUAUAUACCUUCACCUGCAUCUUACCUAAGGUAAAAUUCAAGGAUGAAGUCAAAACCCUUUCUGAUUUAGCAGGGGACCUUUCUGCAUACAGCAUGAAAGCAAAAAUUAUCCCAUUGUCUCCUUUUCAGAGAUUGACAAUUACACAUUUUCUAACCCUAGAUGUUCCACAGAAGACUUUGUGGGUAGUCCAAACCGCCAUGAUUUUAACCAGUCUCCAUUUAGUAUUGCCUAAGUAGCAUCAAUUAUCCAUCAAAAGCAAUGAGUUUUGUAAGGCCGCUUCCAUUAUUUUACUUCCAAAUAAUAUUCAUAUUAACUGACUACAGCAGGUGGCAGCAUCUGACUGAUCUUGGUUGGUCUGAGAAAUAAGACUGGUUGGACCUAUUUGGUACUUGAUUGGGUUCCAGCUAGCACUUCCAGGGCUCCUCAUUAGAUACCCAAACAUUUUUACAGUGAUUUUUAUAUAUAAUUUUUGGUAGUAACUAAAUUCCAUCCUAAACUGACUAGUUACAGCAGUAAUCUUCUACAGGUUUUAGAGAGAGAACUUGGUAUCUUCCAGACACUAUGUCUCAAUUUUCUAUUUCUUAACUGCAUACUCCUUGGACUUUUCUUCUUGUGGCCAUCAUAAGGAGAAAAUUCGAUGAAUAUAUACAAAUGUAAUCACUAAUCCUUGCAACAGCAAAAAAGUAUACUAUACUAUUGUGUUCAUUUUAUGUGAGACAAUACAAUACAAUGCAGUUUUGGGGUCUGUGGGAAGAAAGACUGCACAUUCACUGACAUAAAUCAGCCUAUUUUGAAGAUUUUGUUUUUACUCGUGAUUUAUAUUAAAGGCGCCUUUCUAAAAUCUCUUGAGAUUUUUGCUUCUUUGGUUAGUAAAAAUUGUGCUAUCCUUUAUGAUUUAAUGUAGGCAACAUCUGGAAAGUUGAUUCCCCCUGGUUUUCUUUUUUCUCUCACUAAUCAUCCCUGGCUGCCAGGAACACACACACGACACAAACAUUUCCUAAAUGUGAGGUGGGACAAGUAUAGGCAUGUGUCUUUAAUUGCUGGUGUAGCCAGUGGUGGAAUUCAACCAGUUUGCAACACUUUGGGAGAACCGGUUGUUAACUUUCUGAACUGGUUGUUGGAAGAAAUCAUUAGGACAGAGAACUGUUGUUAAAUUAUUUGAAUCCCACCACUGGGUGUAGCUAUCUGUUAAGUUAUCCUGUAAUGGAUUCCGGGGAACCUCUCAGUUGGGCUAUUUCUGAACACUGACAUGUCAAAGGACAAAGGAAGCUUUGUGAGGAGCAUAAGACCUUCUGCAUCUUCUCUUUCUCUCCAUAUCCUUCUAUUCCUCUGACUGGUCUGUCAGACUAAAAAGUGCAAAAGAAGGAUGUAGGAUAAAAUGAUGGCCACUAUCAGUAGUGAGCAAGUAUCAUAUUGAUUGUACAUCAUCAAUUUAUGCUGGCAAUGGCAAUAUUGACAGCAAACAAGCACAGCAAGAAAUACAUACAAAUUUCUUGGGAUUUGGCAAAAUGGAGUAGUGAUAGGCAAAUUUUGCAACAUCAUCAAAAUAAUAAAACUAGUUUAAACUAUUGCUACAGAGAAACUCAGAUGGCCAGAAGCAGUGGAAAA